AUGGGUCACAAGCAGUUCUUGUAUCGGCGAUUGUUCCUGCUCGGAACCUACCCAUUGCCAGCCUCUGUCCGCAACAAAACGCUACCCGGUGCAGCUUCCAAAUAUGUCGAUUAUGUACAUGUGACCUCAUUUGACGUGCAGAAGCAUAUGUGGACGGAUUGCUUUGCAAAGGCAAAUGCUCCCUAUCACCAGAUCCAGACAGGGAUCUUCACUUAUAUCAAAAAGGGCCUUCGUCCCAAGAAAAUUAUAUUGAUCGUUCCAUGGUUCGGUUAUGAUCAUACUUGCAAUCACUUUAUUGAGGCAGGUAGAUGUGAAAUACAUAAGAUAGCUUUUGAAGGAGCGCCCUGCAGUAAUGUCGGAGCAACCAGGAUCCCGUACAAAGAUAUCAUGCAACUUUUGCCCAAGUCAAUAUCCGGUAGGAUUUGGGAUGACGACCUGAAAGCCCCAUUUUUUGUCUACAAGAAUGCUCAGACGUUCCACGAGGUCUGGUACGACGAUCCAGAGAGCAUUUCAUUGAGGACGACUUUCUUGAAGAAGUUCAAGCUGGGAGGCAUUGGCAUGUGGAAUGCAGAGUUUGCCAACUAUAAUUCUGAUCCCAUUGCUGCGAUGAAAACUGAAGAGAUAUGGAACGCUCUCUGCCCUCCCUGAGAGAAACACCAAGC